AUGGACAAAGGUCUGGACGAGAUCAUUGCUGACAAGCGCAGCAAUGGUCCUCGCAACAACCGCCGCGGCGGAGACAGGCGCCGUGAUGGCCGUGAUCGCCAUGACGGACCUCGCGAUGGCGUCAGAAAGUCGUAUCGCGAUGAGCCACGAAGCAUUGAUAGCGAAUGGGUUCAUGAUCGAUUCGAAGACGACGAUCGCCGCCGUGCACCCGCGCCGAGACGCCGUCGCGACGAGCCUCAGGCCGAGGCUAAAGGAACCAAGAUCAAGGUCGACAACUUGCACUACGACCUCACCGAAGAGGACAUUGGCGAACUUUUCCGCCGCAUUGGACGUGUAGUUCGCUUGCAGCUCAAGUUUGACCGCGCUGGUCGCUCCGAGGGCAUCGCCUAUGUCACUUACGAGCAGAAAGAUGAUGCCGACGAGGCCGUGAAACAGUUUGACGGUGCGAAUGCCAACGGUCAACCUAUUCGUUUGACCCUUCUUCCGAACCGCAACCCCUUCGACACGGCUGUCAUGCCCGGCCGCCCGCUCUCUGAACGCAUUUCCGCGCCCGGCGGACGUUACACUGAAGAUGACGCAGUCCGCAGAGGCAUUGAUAGAUACAUCCCUGGUGGUCGUGAGGGUGACCGUGACCGCUCUAGAAGCCCACGCGGUUCUCGCCGUCGCGGUGGACGUCGUCCUGGGACACGCCGCGAGGGCGGAGAAAAUGGUCGUGAUGGCAACGAGGGCGGCCGUGGUGGCCGUGGUGGCCGAGGUGGUCGUGGUGGUCGUGGUGACCCGCGCCCCAAGAAGACCCAGGACGAACUCGACGCUGAAAUGGACAAUUACUUUACCAAGAACGACGGCGAGGCUCCUGCUGAGGCGAAUGGAGGAGACACUGGUGCCAAGGGCGAAGGCGAUGCCCCGGUCCCUGGUGCUGGUGACAUUGACAUGAUUGAGUAA